AUGAACUUUGAUCGUGAGGAUAUUGAUGAGUACGAAGAAACUGUCUGUGGUUUGACAGGAAUGGGUUCAUAUUCUUAUGCCCCCAAGAAGCUGGAUCUUGACCUUAAGAAUCGGCCUUCACCACCAGCAAAGCCAUCCAUUGAAGAGAUACCAAUGUUAGACUUGAAGGAGCUACCUAGUCAUCUGAGGCAGGCGUUUGAAUGUAUUGAGCUAAAGUUAGUGGAGGCUCCUAUUAUUAUUUCUCCCGACUGGACAAAAUUGUUUGAACUAAUGUGCGAUGCUAGCGGGUGGCACUUGGAGCUGUAUGGUGUUAUUAGGUGCUGUGUACCAGAUGUGGAGAUGUUGAAUAUUUUGGAAGCAUACCAUGCUUCACCUAUUGGUGGUCACCAGUCAAGCAACCACACUUCUCAGAAAGAACUAAAGAGUGGCUACUAUUGGCCCCACUAUUCAGAGAUGCAUAUGAGCUUAUUCGUAGAUAUGAUCGAUAUCAGAGACAAGGAUCAAUCUCCAAACGCCAUGAGAUGCCAAUCUGUAGAUUAUGUAUCAAAAUUGGUAGAACCUGUGGCGUUGGCUGACAAUGAAGGAAAAAGAGUUAUGGCAUUUCUGAAAAAGAACAUAUUCUCCCGCUUUGGAGUACUAAGAACAAUCAUAAGUGAUGGGGGAUCCCAUUUCUAUAAUAAAAUCUUCAGGGCUGUGCUAGCAAAGUAUGGAGUAAAACAACACCAUGUAGCAACUCCUUAUCACCCACAAACUAGUGGGCAAGUGGAGGUGUCGAAUCGCGAGAUCAAGGCCAUUCUCGCUAAAACUGUGAAUGCCAGUAGACAAGAUUGGACUCAAAAGCUCGUUGAUGCUUUAUAG